GUAUAUAUAUAUGUACAUACAUACACAAAUAUACAUAAAGGAGGGAAAAUAAAUUGUACAUACGAAAUUUUAAUUCUAAUUUUCUAAAAAAUAAAAGUUUAUCUGUGCAAUUAAUGCAUCCUGUAAGGGGCAACAUGUUUCUCGUAUGCGUAACUGUGGGCCUUGUACUUUUGGCCUCCAAAUAUCACAAAAAUGUCUUUCAAAGUGUUAGACAUCUCUGUCAAUGUAUAAACAGUAAAAGCUGUAAGCAAAGUGAUAAUAAGAAGAAAGAUCUUAAAAUCACAUUGGACAAAAUCAUUUUAGCUGAUACUCCAGAAAAAUGUGAUUAUGCUAUUCAACGUAUUCAUUGCAACUUGUCUAAUGAUGUGCUGGGUUUUGAUUGUGAAUGGGUCAAUGAAGGAUCUGUUUCUUUGCUUCAACUUGCUACAUUUAAUGGAGUAUGUGGCCUUUUUCGCAUUGGCAAAAUUGGAUAUAUUCCUCAAAAAUUGAAAGAUUUACUAGCUAAUAAAGAUAUUCUUAAAGUAGGAGUUGCUUCAUAUGAGGAUGGACAGAAGAUAUUAGCAGAUUAUGGGUGUAGAGUUAGCAGUACAAUUGAUUUAAGGACAUUAGCAGCACGAGUGAAGCUACCAAGUCCACAAAGUUUAGCUGCAAUGAGUUUGCAAUAUUUAGGCUUGGAAAUGGAUAAAUUGAUAGAAAUUAGGUGCGGCAAUUGGGAUGCUGGCACUCUUACUGACGAGCAAGUAGCAUAUGCUGCUUGUGAUGCAAUUGCAUCUGUUCUUAUUUAUGACCAAAUUACGCAGAAAAUGAAAGAGAAGUAUUCAUUGUGGGAAAUCUUAAAAAAUUAUAUAAAAAGUAUGUGUAAUAAAAAUCUAAAUAUGCAUUUUCAUUGUGUACCUAAUGAUGUAAUUGAUACGAGGUUCAAGGCUCAACAUGAACACACAACUAUUACAGAAAAUAAUCAUUUUGGCAAGAAUACCAGAAAUUACAAAGCAAAUAAUAACACUAUACGUAAAAAUAAUGUACCUACAAGAAAUAAACCAUUAUAUCAUAAUUGUUACUUACAAGCACCAGAUGGAGAAAUAUUAUGUACAUGUGAUCGUAAAAAAGCAGAAUGGUAUCUUACAAAAGGAUUAGGAGAAGUAAUUGAAAAGGAACCACUUACCGUCAGGUUAAAAUUUGAACCUUCUGGGCGAGCUUUGGGACAAGUUGGACAGUAUUACACACAAAUUAAAAUCAAUCAGUGUGUGGUUUGUGGAACAUCAGAUAAGUUUAUUAGAAAAAACGUUGUACCUCGAGAAUAUCGUAAAUAUUUUCCAUUGGUGAUGAAAGCACAUCAAUCUCACGAUAUAUUAUUAUUAUGUCCAUCUUGUCAUGAAAUUAGCAAUUAUCAUGAUCUGCAGCUCAGAAGAAAGCUAGCAGACAUGUGCGACGCACCUUUAGUUGGCCCAUUGACACAUAUACGUAAUAAAAAUGUAGAUAAUUCAAGGAAGUUACAUUCAGCUGUUAAAGCUUUAAGAGAAAGAACAACUUUGCCUGAUGCACGACGUAAAGAUUUAGAACAUUAUAUUUUAGAAUGUACAAAUGAGAAACAAGUUACACCAACUCUGCUUGAUGUAUUAAACAAAAAAUUAGAGAACACAAUAUCAAUACCCAAUCCUGAUCAACCUAAAUGCCAACCUCAUGGUUUAAAGGUUGUUCAAUAUUUUCAUAAAAGGGAAGGCGGUUUAGUAGAAUUGGAACGUAUGUGGAGGGAACAUUUUCUUCUGACUAUGAAGCCAAAGUAUCUACCAAAUCUAUGGUCUGUUCAUCACAAUCAAGAAAGAUUAAUUAUUCAUCAAUCACAAAACAGAAUUAAACCAGAAGAUGCAAAGGUAGCUGGUUUGGCAUACUGAAUUUUAAAUAUUAUGUACCUAAAGGACUCGUAUAAGAGCGAGUACUUGUAUUAAAAGACUGUUACAUAAAUUUGUAUCUCUGGUUAUGUGCAUAUAUUUAUAUAUAUACAUGUACAUACAUAUUAUUUAUAUAUUUAGAUCUACA